AUGGAACUGGACACCGGUGCGGCAGUCUCGAUCAUAUCCAAAGCAAACGUUGAAACGUAUUUCAAGAAAUACAAUCUUCUUCACACAAACGCAAAGCUGAAAACAUACAGUGGGGAGGAGAUCCAACCAGCUGGAAAAUUAAAAGUGAUGGUUGAACUGAAUAAUCAGAAAGAAACAUUAGACUUACUGGUUGUAAACAAUGAAGGACCAACUCUCAUGGGGAGGAACUGGUUACAGCAGUUGAAGCUCAACUGGAAAGAAAUCAAAUCCAUCAGAUGUGAUGAACAGAACGUAAAAGUGAAAGCUGUCCUAGACAAACACAAGAAAGUGUUCGAACCAGGCAUCGGCAAACUCAAGGACAUGAGAGGGAAACUUACUCUACAGGAUGGCGCCAGCCCGAAAUUUUGCAAAGCGCGUGAAGUUGCGUACUCACUUAGACCACGUGUGGAAGAGGAACUCGACAGACUACAACAAGCAGGAGUUAUCUCACCUGUGAAAUUCAGCGAUUGGGCUACACCCAUCGUACCCUUACCGAAGGCGAACGGCAAAGUGAGAAUUUGUGGCGAUUACAAGGUGACUCUAAAUCCUGCCAUGAAGAUCGAACAAUAUCCGUUACCGAAAAUAGCAGACAUAUUUGCAUCCUUAGGCGGUGGACAGAAAUUUAGCAAGAUAGACUUGACCCAAGCUUAUCUACAGAUGGAAGUUGAUGAAGUUUCAAGAAAUCUACUCACCAUCAACACCCACAAGGGACUAUUCUGUUUCAACAGACUUCCGUUUGGGAUCGCGUCAGCACCUGCUAUCUGGCAAAGAGCAAUGGAUCAAGUCCUGACAAACAUUCCGAAAACUAAGUGUAUUUUGGACGACAUGAUCAUAACAGGAUCAACAGAUGAGGAACACUUGCAGAACCUCAGUCUUGUGUUACAGAGACUUGAACAGUAUGGGUUAAGAGCUAACCUGGACAAGUGUCAAUUUUUCAAAGACCAGAUUAGCUACUGUGGACACGUGAUAGACAAAGCCGGGUUACACAAGUCAAAUGAGAAAACAAACGCUGUUGAAAAUGCACCGACACCCGAAAAUGUGUCCCAAUUACGUUCAUUCUUGGGCUUGGUUAAUUACUACCAUAGGUUCCUGCCGAACCUUGCUACAGUAGUUGGACCGCUCAACGAGUUGCUACAGAACAACAAGAAGUGGACAUGGACAGCCAAAUGUGACGACGCAUUUGCAAAAGUGAAAGAACUGAUCACAUCCGAACAAGUUCUGUGCCAUUAUAAUCCGACAUUACCUGUACGGCUAGCUACUGAUGCAUCACCCUACGGAAUAGGGGCUGUACUCUCACACGUCAUGGAAGAUGGAACCGAACGUCCCAUUGCGUAUGCUUCUCGCUCGUUGACUAAGGCGGAGAAGGCAUAUUCCCAGAUCGAUAAGGAAGCUUUGAGUAUCUACUGGGGAGUACAGAAAUUUCAUACUUACCUGUACGGACGUCAUUUUACGUUGAUCACAGACCACAAACCACUUGUGAGCAUUUUUCACCCUGAAAAACAGCUACCUGCAAUGACAACUGCUAGAUUGCAGCGCUAUGCUAUAUUUUUAUCGAGCCACAAUUACAGCAUAGAAUACAGAAAUACUGCAAAUCAUGGAAACGCAGAUGGAUUAUCAAGACUACCCUUGUCUGCACCCAGUACCAGUACAGAUGAAGAAACUGAUGCUUGUAAUGUCUUUUAUUCUUCACAGUUUGAUAACUUACCUGUUACUUGUGACACUGUAAGAAAAGAGACACAACGUGAUCCAGUCUUAUCGCAAGUGCUAGACAUUGUCUUACAAGGAACUCGUGACUUUCCUCCUGAGAACGACUUCAAAACAUACAGGAAUAGGAGCAAGGAACUUACUGCUCACCAAAACUGUCUACUUUGGGGAAACAGAGUCGUUAUUCCUGCAACACUUCGAAGUGAAAUAUUGACAGAACUUCAUAAAAGUCACCCAGGAAUCGUCAGAACGAAGAGCUUAGCGAGAUCUUAUGUAUGGUGGCCCACUCUUGACAGCGACAUUGAAGAAAUGUGUCAGCACUGUGUUGAUUGUCAACAAUACUUACCAAAACCCGAGGCAGCUCCUGUACAUCCCUGGGAAUGGACUGGUUCUCCGUGGGAGAGGGUUCAUGUGGACCAUUUAAAGGACAGAUACAUUUUUGCGACAAAAUGGAGUGAAACAUGUGACAUCAUCACCUUAUCACCCCAGGACAAAUGGACUGGUCGAACGUUUCGUGAGGAGUUUCAAAGCAGCCAUGAAGAAACACAGCAAAAUAACCUCAAGGAGAUUGACAUUUUCCUCAUGACAUAUAGAGUGACUCCACACGCUACCACAGGAGAGACACCUGCGAAAUUACUUAUGGGGCGAAACCUUAGAACACGCUUGGACCUACUGAAACCUGACACCAGCAAUAAAGUGCGACAGAAACAGGACAAAAUGAAGCUGUCGAAACACACAGGAUCCAACGUGCGCCAAUUCACCGUUGGACAAUCCGUGAUGGUUCGAGACUACAGAGGAAGUGUACCACGGAUUCUUGCUACAGUAACGUCUUGUUUAGGACCACUCACAUACGAGGUGAAGACCAAGGAGGAAGGAGUGUGGCGUCGGCACGUGGACCAGAUGAGAAGAGCUUCAGAAACCUUGACAGAGAAAACUGUACAUGACACAUUGCGCCAAAGCUAUUCUGAGCCGAUGGAAACACCUGCAGUACCGUUUACCUACCCUACCGGUUCACCGGAAGUGUCAGAUCGUCCGUCAUCGCCGUUGAAAGUGCCGGACACUCCGAAGACAGACCGCUCCGUCGUCAGCAAAUCUCCUGUUGAACCGAGGCAAGCUGUGCUACAGACGCCUACCGCGGAACGACGGUAUCCAACACGCAUUCGCAAACCAACUGAGCGCCUGAUUACAGUGAUGUGA